AUGAUUUUACGCUGUGGAGAUAUUGAACCAAACCCUGGACCAGCACAGGAAAGUUCAGCUAAAUCAGAAGUGUUACGGAGAUUUACUCGCUGUAUACAGUCGGAACUUGUAAAACUCAUUUAUAAUGCAAAGAACAAAGAAAUACCAAAUCCUAAUAAUUUAUAUGAAAAUGACCCUCCUGGAUGGAACUCUUUUAAAGUAGAUAUUAAAUUUGAAAGUGUCCAAAAGGGUAGAUCCCAGAGUUUUGAUAAACUGGUAGAAUUAUUCAAGAGAGAAGUCCGCAAAAUGCCGAAAGACAUUGCAGAUGUUUUAAACUGCUAUGAGAAGCUUAACCAUUCCAACAGAAAAACUGAUGAAAUGGAAAAGCUAAAAUUUAAAACAGCUUUAGAAAACUAUGUGUCCAGAAACAGGGCCUUAAAAAAUAGACAGACAGUUCUGGAUAAUUUAGAUGAAGAGCUACUGAUAAAAGCACUACAAAAAGCUACGGAGAUGGCAAAACUUGGUUCCUUGGCCUCCUCUCCUGAUGGCCUUGAUAAUGUCCUUGAUGCUAUAAAUAAUUUUGUGGAUGCUGUAGAACAUGUUCAUGCUGAACUACUGGUCUGUGGGAAUCAAAGGAGAAUAUCCAAACAGAACCCUCCAGGCUUCUACGGAGCUGCAUCUUAA